CAAUGCCAUAAAGUGAAACGCACAGAAAAGUGAAGCGCAAAGGGAAAACGGUAUCAGGAGCUCACAUUUGACGGAAGCGCAGAUUAAAAGGAGUGUUGCAAAAGAAUUAGACAAUGGAAAUGCACAUGUUUUCCCUGCUUUGUAUUUUUGUGAUGCCUUAUUUUACAGACACAACUACUGCUAAAGCCAAAAAUCUCGCUUUAUAUGGCAAGGCCACACAAUCAGAUUUGGCUGAGAAUCCUUGGGCACCAUUCGGUGGUGCCAGUAAUGCCAUUGAUGGCAAUCGUGAUUCAGAUUACAAUCAUGGAUCCUGUACUGCCACUAAACUACAGAAUGAUCCAUGGUGGAGGGUAGACUUACUUGACAAGUACGUAGUGACCUCCAUAACUGUCACUAACAGAAAAGACUGCUGUUCUGAAAGGCUGGACGGAGCUGAGAUACGCAUCGGGAACUCUCUGGAAAACAACGGAAACAGUAAUCCAUUGGCUGGAAGGAUUUCAUCCAUUCCAGGUGGAAGAUCCCAAACUUUCAAGUGGAAUGAAGGCAUUCCAGGCCGUUAUGUCAAUGUGUUCAUACACGGGAAUAGGCUUCUUACCCUCUGCGAGGUCGAGGUGUAUGGUUAUCCAGCUUCUGAAGGUGAAAAUGUGGCUUUAAGUGGAGUAGCUACACAGAUAUCCCUCUAUGGGCAAGCCAUUGCAUCCAAUGCCAUUGAUGGGAACAAAGAUGGUGUCUUCGCUCAUGGAUCCUGUUCCUGUACUAGUUGGAUCCUCAAUCCCUGGUGGAGAGUGGACCUACUGAAAACACACAAUGUGUUUCUAGUUGUAAUUACAAACAGAGUAGAUAGUUAUCCUCAAAGAAUAAAUGGAGCAGAAAUCCGAAUUGGAAACAGUCUGGAUAACAAUGGCAAUGAUAAUCCCAGAUGUGCUGUGGUCUCUUCCAUUGCUCCUGGUUUUUCCACCUCAUUUGAAUGUAAUGGGAUGGUUGGACGUUAUGUCAAUAUAGUUAUUCCAGGACGGUAUGAAUAUCUUACACUCUGUGAGGUUGAAGUGUAUGGAUCUCCAAUAAUCUGAGAUUUUCUUUUUUCUUUUUCUUUUUUACUUCAUAUUUCUAUGUAUGAACUAAAUCACAGUUCUAUGGCUAAAUAUCGUUGUAAGGCUUUACUUUAACUAAACAGAGCUCAGACGGAAGCUAAUAAAUACUUUACAUUACAGAUCAAUAUACAAUAUAAACAGAUUUUUGAUCAAAGGAAACAUAAAAAUGGAUAAAACAACAAAACAUUUUCCAAUGUAAGACAGCUGUAAGAAUUGUAGUCAGUACCAGUUUGCUAUUUGGGAUGAA